CUUACUCUGAUCUCUUUUUCACGGAAAGAGAUGGCUCUCACUCUCAAUGGCAAAGUAGAUCUCACGGCUCCAACCCCACGCCUCUCCCGUACCGCCGCCGCCACCUUCCUCACCACCCUCCAUGUCACCAACCCAAAACACAUCCCGUCCUCUGUCUCUUCCUCUUCCUCCUCCUCGGUUACCGACAGCGAUUAUACUUCCGGUCCUUUGAACUGGGCCCCGCACUCGUGGAAGUCCAAGAAGGCCCUGCAGCUCCCGGACUACCCGGACCCGGACGAGCUCGGGACGGUCCUCCAGACCCUCGAGUCCUUCCCUCCCAUUGUCUUCGCCGGCGAGGCCCGCAAGCUAGAGGACCGGCUCGCCCAGGCCGCAAUGGGCGAUGCCUUUCUGCUUCAGGGUGGCGAUUGUGCCGAGAGCUUCAAGGAGUUCAAUGGCACUAACAUUAGGGACACUUUCCGAGUCUUGCUUCAAAUGGGUAUCGUCCUCACUUAUGGUGCCCAAAUCCCCGUCAUUAAGGUAGGAAGGAUGGCAGGGCAAUUUGCUAAACCUAGGUCAGAACCUUUUGAGAUUAAAGAUGGUGUAAAGCUUCCUAGUUAUCGGGGAGACAAUAUCAAUGGUGAUGCCUUUGAUGAGAAAUCUAGAACACCUGAUCCACAAAGGUUGAUCAGAGCGUACCUCCAAUCUGUCGGCACGCUGAAUCUUCUCAGAUCAUUUGCCACGGGAGGGUACGCUGCCAUGCAGAGAGUCUCACAGUGGAAUCUUGAUUUUGUGAUACACAGUGAGCAGGGAGACAGGUACAUGGAACUUGCACAAAGAGCAGAUGAAGCUCUGGGGUUCAUGGCUGCUGCUGGGGUUACUGUAAAUCAUCCCAUAAUGAACACAAUUGAGUUUUGGACGUCUCAUGAGUGCCUUCAUUUACCUUAUGAGCAAGCCUUGACUAGGGUGGAUUCAACAACUGGGUGCUACUACGACUGCUCUGCACACAUGCUUUGGGUAGGUGAGAGGACUCGGCAAUUGGAUGGGGCUCACGUGGAAUUUCUCCGGGGCAUAUCCAACCCUCUUGGCAUAAAGGUGAGUGACAAGAUGGAUCCAAAAGAGCUUGUGAAAUUGUGUGAACUUCUCAACCCUCACAACAAACCUGGAAGAUUGACGAUAAUAGCUCGAAUGGGAGCAGAUAACAUGAGGGUUAAGCUCCCCCAUCUGAUCAGAGCCAUACGCCAGGCUGGGCUUAUUGUAACGUGGGUUAGUGACCCCAUGCAUGGGAACACAAUAAAAGCUCCUUCUGGUCUCAAGACACGGCCAUUUGAUGCAAUCAGAGCAGAGUUGCGGGCUUUCUUCGAUGUUCAUGAACAAGAAGGGAGCUACCCUGGGGGAGUUCAUCUGGAGAUGACUGGGCAGAAUGUAACAGAGUGUGUCGGAGGGUCGAAAACAGUGACUUUUGAGGACUUAAGCUCCCGCUAUCACACACACUGUGACCCCAGGCUGAAUGCAUCACAGUCACUCGAGCUGGCAUUUGCCAUAGCCGAGAGGUUGAGGAAGAAAAGGUUAAAAUCUGACGUGGACUUCCAAAGAGGUCAAAGAUGAUAUUGGGCCCAUGAUGUCGAAUGUUUUUAGUUUGGUUUUUGUACGCAUGGAGGGUCUCAAAGAUUUAAAUUUUGGCAGUUUCAUAUGUGAACAAAGAUCUUUGUAGCUCUAAUAAAAUAAUAUAUGCUUAAAUGAAGAUUCUUUAGCUUGAUCAA